CGGCGUCGGGCUGGCCGGGACCCCGGCAAGGGGCCGCGGCGGGGUGCGCGCCGUCCUAUUGUGUGGGCUUACGCGCCGGCUUGUGCAGUGUUGUGUGUGCGCGGGCGGGGCUUUGUGUGCAGUCCGGCUCCAGGGAGCCCGGCAGCUGCCCAGAUUGGGCGUAGCUGGACUGUGAGAGAGAGAGAGAGAGUGAGAGAGAGAGAGAGAGAGAGAGAGACUCUGUGUGUGUGUGUGUGUGUGUGUGUGUGUGUGUGUGUGGUGUAGGGAAAAGGAGGGAGGGGAGAGGAAAGAAAGCUUCCCGAUCCCAUCAUCCCAGACGCGGGGUGCUCGGUGCUGCGCUAGCCUCCCCAAGGGCCUCUUUGGGGGUCUCUUGUGUGCACCCCCGUGCCUCGGUUUCCCUAUCGGGACAGCGCGUGGGGCGGCUGGUAUCGCCGCUUCCUUCCGUUCCUCCCUGGGACUGUUUGGUUUGGGCAAAGAGAGAUGAAGCAGGGCCAGACCUGGGAAUUAUUAAUUUUUCCCACUGAUAAUGGGAGCGGAACAUUUAUUGAAAUCGUCCGAUCACCCCCGCCUCGCCUGGCGGGUGUGGUGCCCUAGUGGAGGACCCAGGCUUCAUCUGCAGAUCCUUUGAAACGGGCACCUCUGUAGCGUUUGCAUCCGAAGGCCCCCAGGAACAGCAUGCUCUUCCCAGGAACUUUUCUGCUGAUGUGGGCACACUCCAAUUCCAGCUCGGAGCCCUUCCUCUGCCCCUGUCCGCCGGCCACAGCUGUCAGCUGCCCCUCCCACUCCUAGGGUCGGCACGCCCUUGGCCCCCUGAUGUUUAUUUCUGGGCAGCUGAUGUCCAGAAAAGUGGGUGACAGGGCUCAGCGAACUUUCUUCAGCAGCAGCUGGCUUGCCUGACGUUGGUGCCAUUCGCAUGUCUAAUUAAUGCUUGAUUUCCCCAAAUGCUUCCAGCUACUGACUGUGGAGGUGCCUUUGGUGGUGAAUUCGUUGGGGGAAGUUGAAGCUCACUUAAUUCUAAGCUUCCCCCUCCCUGCCAGGUGUGCCCUUGGAAAGAGAUGUCGAAGUCCCUGGUCCUGGACAUCCUCGGAAUCCGCUGGGUAGCUGUCCCUCAUUCUUAGACCUAUGACAUCAUCCCCACUCAGCGGAGACUCCCAUUAGAUGUCUGUGGGUUUGCUGUGGCUUCCAGUUAAGUGUGGAAUGCUGGUGGCUCCUGUGGAUUUUUAACCAGAGAGCCAGCUGCUUCCAGGGAACAACUUCACCAACGAGUGCAACAUUCCAGGCAACUUCAUGUGCAGCAACGGCCGGUGCAUCCCCGGCGCCUGGCAGUGCGACGGGCUGCCCGACUGCUUCGACAAGAGUGACGAGAAGGAGUGCCCCAAGGCUAAAUCGAAAUGUGGCCCCACCUUCUUCCCCUGUGCCAGCGGCAUCCACUGCAUCAUCGGCCGCUUCCGGUGUAACGGGUUUGAGGACUGUCCCGACGGCAGCGACGAAGAGAACUGCACAGCAAACCCUCUGCUUUGCUCCACCGCCCGCUACCACUGCAAGAACGGCCUCUGCAUUGACAAGAGCUUCAUUUGCGAUGGGCAAAAUAACUGUCAAGACAACAGCGACGAAGAAAGCUGUGAAAGUUCUCAAGAACCAGGCAGCGGGCAGGUGUUUGUGACUUCGGAGAACCAGCUCGUGUACUACCCCAGCAUCACCUACGCCAUCAUUGGCAGCUCCGUCAUCUUCGUGCUGGUGGUGGCCCUGCUGGCCCUGGUCCUGCACCACCAGCGGAAGCGGAACAACCUCAUGACGCUGCCAGUGCACCGGCUGCAGCACCCCGUGCUGCUGUCCCGCCUGGUGGUCCUGGACCACCCCCACCGCUGCAACGUCACCUACAACGUCAACAACGGCAUCCAGUAUGUGGCCAGCCAGGCCGAGCAGAACGCGUCCGAGGUGGGCUCCCCACCCUCCUACUCAGAGGCCCUGCUGGACCAAAGACCCGCGUGGUACGACCUCCCUCCGCCGCCCUACUCGUCCGACACCGAGUCUCUGAACCAAGCGGACCUGCCUCCUUACCGCUCCCGGUCCGGCAGUGCCGACAGCGCCAGCUCCCAGGCAGCCAGCAGCCUCCUGAGCGUGGACGACACCGGCCACAGCCCGGGGCACCCUGACCCGCAGGAGGCCACCACUGAGCCCAGGGACUCCGAGCCCAGCCAGGGCACCGAAGAAGUAUAAAAUCCAGUUAUUCCAAAGUCCAUAUGGGUUAAUCUGCUCUGACUUGUUACCAUCCUGGCCACCUGUGCUCACGGGAGGUGCCUCGGGGUGCCUCGAGGAGUGAUUUGGGGUGUCAGCUGUCUCUGCGUUCCUCCUUCCCCAGAUGUCAGCGAUGUUCUUUGGAGGGCGACCUGGCGUCGUCCUGGCCUCUCGACUGACAUGAUGUAUGGUGCAUCCUUUUGGGGCGGUUACUCUUCCUUCCCAUCCCAGGAUCACAGCGCCCUCUCCAGAUCACUUUUCUGUUACUGUUGGGAUUUGCUAAGUGGGGGGUGUAAAUUUCCAGGGGAGGGGGGCAGGAGAGUGCAAUACUUAGGUGGUCCUUGCAGAGGCAGUGUUUGUGCCAUAUUGGAUGUUCAGAAGGGCAAGGACCCUGUGGGCUGCUACUUUAGGGCUUCACUGGGGAUCUGGGUUGGGUGAAUCCAUCAGGAGGCUAGGCUGUCAUUGGCUGGCCACCCAGGGGAGCAUCAAGAACCUGCCUUGCACCCGGCUAAGCAUUGCUCUUGGGUCCCCAGAGCCAGGGGCCAGAGAACACUGUUGCCGUGAGUACCGCCUUUCAGAAGUCAGCAGUGGCCUUUGGUUUUCGGAAGGACUCUGAAACUGGCAACUCUGGAUAGAUUCUGGCUUUAACAAUUUGCCCGAGAAUCCUCUUUUGAGAGCUUUUUCCAGCAUCGUAUAUCAUCAGCCUCACCUGAGAACAGGCAGGGAGCGUAUCUGAGUUCCCAGCUCCUAAGACACACAGGCUGCUGAGAGUCUGGGUCUGGUUUGGGCCACCGUCCUUUCCUGGUCUCUGGGGUCGCCCUCCCAGGUGUGACCUGCCUGUGGCCAAGGAAUGAGGACUAAACCUGAGUUGGCCAAAAAUCGGAUCUGGCCCUUUGUCCCUGUAGACUACGCCCAGCCCACCUUGCCAGUUUAUGUGACUUGAGCACUCGCCUCCCGCUCCCCUAACACUCGGAGGUCAUUUUACCUGUGCGUGUGGACCUGAGGACGCUGUGGUUUCUAACUCACCUGAGAACGUGACUCGGUACCUCCCACAAGAGCUCCCACUUCCUGGGCUGUGCUUGAGGCCCAGGUACCAGCGUCCCCACUGAGGAUUAGGGUUAGGGUCAGAGUGAGGACCAGGCCUCUCUGAACACCCCAUCAUUUCUUCUCUGAGAGAUGUGGGUCACAGACAGUUUGGAGUCAAGGUUUGCCAUUUGGACUUCAAAAAAAAAAAAAAACUCUUAGAAAUGCAUUUGAAACGGUGUGUUUGUUUUUUCCCUUCUAGUUAAGGGACUAUUUAUAUGUGUAUAGGAAAGCUGUCCUUUUCGUUUGUUUGUUUUCCCACGAGUGAGGUCCCAACAAAGAUGCAAAGGAGAUCUCGCGCCUUUGUCCCGCUGAGCGCUGAUGACAAGCCCCCACCUCCAGACUGACCUGAGUGCCAGGCGUCUGUGCAUCGUUGCACUUUGAGUUAUUAUUUAUCGAGUUCUUGAAGGAUGCCGGAACGAGGGACGCCUUUCUCCCUCGCUUCAUCGUCUCUGAGUUUAUGCCAGCUUCCCUCCUUCUCUGUGCCCAGCCAGCCACAGUGCCCACCCCACCCCCACCCCCACCCCCGGGAAGUCUUGGGUGGAAACUUAGGCGUUAUUCUGCAAGAAACCACACUGACUAAAGGGGGGAGGUGGAGGGGACAAAACUGGAACCAGGUGGAGCCAUUCCGGGCAGCUGUCACCCAGGCAGGGCUGCUUGCCACGUGUUCAGUGACCUCUUUGAUGCGAAUUCAGGUGGAGCCUGCAGGAGGGGGCAUGAAACGGCAUUCAGUGAUUCUGUUCUGUAGACUUUUUUUUUUUUUUAAACCAAAUCCAAAGUAUGUUACAGGAAAGCCACUUGCUGUUUUUGUUUUUGUUUUUUAAGAAAAGGAACCUAGUUGCUCACAUCUUUCAUUUUUAAAAUAACGUGAGUUAUUUUCCUAGUAAUCCAGUGAAGAAAGAACUUUUGAUGAUGUCCAGAGCAUGUUAAGAACUCUGGCCAAAAUGUUUCCUCUCCUGCGAGUCAGAGUGGCUUCCUUUCUCCCUUUGCUGGGCCCCUGCUUCUCUCUGGUGCUCUGGAAGUUGUUUAGAGGAAAGGAUUCUAAUUUUAAUUAAUUGUGCAGUGAAUUAAUCUCACGCGCUUUGCAGCUUCCAGGCAGCUCAGGAAAGACAAAUGGUCUUAGUAGAUAAGGGGAGCCUAUUAAUGUUGUUUUUUAAAACAAACGCAGGGACAUUUUUAUUAUAGAUUUGAUGUUUUUAAAUGGUUGUUUUUAAAAAGAUAAAAACAGGACACCAAAGCUGCAGGGUUUUUUUGGUUUGGUUUUUUUUUUUUUUUUCCUCCCUAAUCAAGAUAGCAAGUAAGUGACCAGCAAUAUUUUUUAACUCAUUCCAACCAGGAUAUUUUUUGUAUGCAUGGCCUAAUCCAUGCCAAGCAGAAAACAUGUCUUUGCUCUUUUCUUUUCUUUUCUUUUCUUUUCUUUUCUUUUUUCUUUCCUUUCCUUUUUUCUUUCUUUCUUUCUUGUUUUUUUUAAUGGCUGCACCUGCAGCAUAUGGAGGUUCCCAGGCUAGGAGUUGAAUCAACGCUAUAGCUGCUGGCCUACACCACAGCCAUAGCCACACCAGAUCCGAACCACAUCUUCAACACCACAGCUCACGACAACGCUGGAUCUUUAACCCACUGAGCAAGGCCAGAGAUCAAACCCAUAUGCUCAUGGAUACUAGCCGGGUUCAUUCCCACUGAGCCACAAUGGGAACUCCUGCACUCUCUUCUUAAAUGCGAUUGGCGAAUCCUUUUUAUUUUAGCAUUAAAAUAAUCCACUGUGAUCGACCACUCAUCAUCUGCCCAACUCCCCUUACUUUGAAUUGUCAUUUUUCUAAAAAAAAAAAAAAAAAAAAGGCAACUGAGUGGUUAAUAAAUACUGUGCAGCAUUCAAGGUUGAUGUAAACUGGAAGGGUUGUGUGUGGUUGCUUUUUCGUUUUUGACUAGGUUUUGUUUUCUUUUUUAAUUUUGUACUUUCAAAUAAACUUGCAGUUUCGUUCUUUC